AUGACAUCUGUAGAAGUCGAAAUAACAGGGAAUCUUCAAAAGUUAGCUCCAACAAAGCCUGAUUCGAUGGCAAUUGUGAACAGCCUGACAUUCAGUUCAAAUGGAGAGCAAGUAAUUAUGUCAACUGACGAUGAUUCUAUGUAUUUGUACGAUAUGAGGGCAGGAACUCGAUCGCGAAACAUUAACAGUAAAAAGUAUGGAUGCUCGCAUGUCAAAUUCGCUUCAGAUGCGAUGUGUGCGUUGCACGGAUCAACUAAAGUAGACAAUACUAUCAGAUAUUUAUCGCUAACUGAUAACAAGUACCUUCGGUAUUUUCAAGGGCACGACAAAAUGGUAACUGGAAUAAACGUUUCUCCAUCAGAUGAGAUGUUCCUAUCAGUUGCGGAAGACAAAACAAUUCGACUAUGGGACCUGAAAACAUACAACUGCAUCGGUCUAAUGAAUCUAUCCUCGACGCCAAUCGCCACGUUUGAUCCGGAAGGCCUUUUAUUUGCUGCUGGUCUAGACAAUAAUCUAAUCAAAUUGUACGAUUUAAGAUCGUUUGACAAAGGUCCUUUCUCGAGUUUCGGACCACUCGACAAUACAGAUACUUACGAGUGGACUUCGAUGCGAUUCUCACCAUGUGGAAAGUACAUUUUAAUCUGCACAAAUUCAAAUGUCUUAUUUAUAAUUGACGCAUUCUCUGGAGCCAUCAAACACGUUCUCCAAGAUCAUCAGAACACAAAGCAAAUCCCGCUGACGGCUUCAUUUACACCAGAUGCCACCCAUGUAAUGGUUGGAAGUUCCGACGGGCUUAUCUAUUUUUAUGACGUGGAAUCAGGCAUGGUUGCACACCGAAUUCCAGCACCAAACAACCAGACCUGUCACAUCACGGAAUUCAGUCCCGUUCAUUUUGCAGCAGCUACAGCGGACACCAAGCUGACUCUCUGGUGUGCGAAUGAUGAACUGAAGGCGUUUGCAUCUCAACCACAAUGA